CACCAGACGCCUGCGCAAUAAGUCAACUGGGUGUACUCUUUUGAGGGGCGGCUCCGCUGAGAUUGUCACGUCACCGCGCUCUCUGCGAACAUUACAAGGCCGUAAGCCGCCGGUUGUUACGGCAAGGCGCUGGGUGGCUCCUCAGGCCGGCGGCGUGGGUCUGCCUAAGUUUGCCAGACCCAAAGUCUGUGAGCAGCCGCUAUGUCGAUCUUCACUCCCACCAAUCAGAUCCGCUUAACCAAUGUGGCGGUGGUACGGAUGAAGCGCUCCGGGAAGCGCUUUGAAAUCGCCUGCUACAAAAACAAGGUCGUUGGCUGGCGGAGCGGCGUGGAAAAAGAUCUUGACGAAGUUCUACAGACCCACUCAGUGUUUGUAAAUGUUUCUAAAGGUCAGGUUGCGAAGAAGGAAGAUCUGAUCAGUGCAUUUGGAACAGAUGAUCAGACUGAAAUUUGUAAACAGAUUUUGACUAAAGGAGAGGUUCAAGUAUCAGAUAAAGAACGGCACACACAGCUGGAACAGAUGUUUAGGGACAUCGCAACUAUUGUAGCUGACAAAUGUGUGAACCCUGAAACAAAGAGACCAUACACUGUUAUCCUUAUCGAGAGAGCCAUGAAGGACAUCCACUAUUCAGUCAAAACCAACAAGAGUUCAAAACAGCAGGCUUUGGAAGUGAUAAAACAGUUAAAGGAGAAAAUGAAGAUAGAACGUGCUCACAUGAGACUUCGGUUCAUUCUUCCAGUGAAUGAAGGGAAGAAGCUGAAAGAAAAGCUCAAGCCACUGAUCAAGGUUAUAGAAAGUGAAGACUACGGUCAACAGUUAGAAAUUGUGUGUCUGAUUGACCCUGGCUGCUUCAGAGAAAUUGAUGAGCUAAUAAAAAAGGAGACAAAAGGCAAAGGUUCUUUGGAAGUACUCAAUUUGAAAGAUGUGGAAGAAGGAGAUGAGAAAUUUGAAUGAUGUUCAUCAGUCUCUUCAGCUGUACAACACUAAAGCAUUUUCUAACAAUAAAAUGCAACUUCAAACUAUCACAAAACUGUGUUUCAGGUUGAAAGUCAUAGAAAUGUUCAGUAGCUAUAUCUUAAGUAUGAAAACAAACACUACAUUACCAUAAGUUUUUCUCAUUAUGCAUCCCUUUAACUUCAUAAAAUGUUCAAAUACAGAUCACAUCUGAGUCAUGCUUCUGAACCUAUAAAAAGUAAAAAAUUUACCUUAUGUCUCAUUACUCAGUUAAAAAUUUUGGUUCAUGGUCAUCUUCCAGGACCACUGCUAUAAUGGCUUAAGGGUCAAUCUGUUAAUUUUGCAUUUUCAAUACAAUCUGUCUUGUGUAUAUCUGGUCAGAAUGACCAGUUUCAGAAUUAACCCUCUUAUUAACACAGCUCUUUCCUCUGAAGCUUCUCCUGUACCCAUACACAAUUACAUGCUGAAGCCUAUGGGACUGCAUACCACUUUGAAAUUCUCUCAUUAGGGCUUAUUUUUACCUUGGACUAUGGAGAACUGUCUGGCAUGUUAGGUUGUGAUCUCCCCUAGAGCAGGAGAUUAACUAUUUGUGUGUCCCACUAUGGUUUGGACUUAGAUGUGGAAUAGUUGCCUGCCGAGUAAUAACUGUGCUAUCCCAUUGGAGGCCCAUGCCAUCAGGAGUGAGAAUAGGCAAUGACAAGUUUGGCUAGUGACUUUUUCAAAUACAUCGUUAAAGCUGAAACUGAACUUCUAUCAGCUAAGCCAGAACUUAAUCACCCUUCAUACUGAUGAAUGCCAUACUGGGUGUGCCACUUGGUGUCUAGUCUGCACAGAUACCCUCAGCUCUCAGGGCACUUGUCUGCCUGCAAGAAGCCUCUCACAUUUGCCCCAGGGUGUCAUACUUAUUUCACAGACUGAUAGGGGAGAUUGGAUAGCAUGCAUUAUUGUAAGCAAUACCCACACAUAUCAUAUUAACCUGAUACUGCCCUCAAGCCUACAUCAAUGAUGUUCCUAUGAUUUUGGAAGUAUCAAGGUUCCUUACUACCUUUAUAGUUUUUUGUGUACCUGUUUUACAUUCUUGAUAUUCAAGGAGUUAAUUACUUGAAAAGAUCUGCUGGUGCACAAUGAAGGUGUUGAACACAUAGUUUUCCACAAACCAUUUAGUCACUGAGAUGACAACGGCCAUUGGUUUUCAUCUCCACGUGUUAUCCAUGAAGGCACCUACAAAAUCAAUAAGUCUAAGUGUAAUUUCAUAGCAUCAACAAGUCUUCUGAACUAAUCCUGACCUAACUAUCAACGGACAGUCCAGCUUCUAUCCAAGAAUGAUUUCACAGCAUUCUGAGUACACACAGUUGAACUUCCCAUGGCCCCUUCAAAACAUCUGCAAAAUAGUCAGAAGUUUCACCAAAUUCCUAGUGAAUCUGCAGAUUCUCAGUGGGCAGAGAAUGGAGGUAAAUGAGUUGUGGAACUGAAGAAAGCAGAGUCAUUUUCACUGCAUAGAAGAGUGUAUGCACUCUUGUGUAGCAAAAGAUUCCUCUAUCAGUAGACUGUUGAUGCCCAAUUAAAUUUACCUGUUCAUACUACUAUAAUCACUGACUGUGUAUGUAUUAAUUGUACUCAUGUGCCCUCUUAUUAUAAUUUUACAAUCAAUGUAAAAUGGUCUUCUAGAUAUAGAUUUCCAAACAGUUAGGUAUUUUUGUGUAGUAACAAUGUAUCAAGCCCUUUCUUCACACUAUCGAGGUGUUUGUAAUGUAGGACGCAUUCUUCCUACUCUAAAAGACCAUCCAGGAUAUAAGCACAAGAGACUUCUCUGAGCUCUGCCAUCUGAUGGUGAUGACAACUUGAAACUUUUAGAUCCUUCUGCUCUUGCAGUUGCAGCUGCAUCCUCCUGCCAGUUCCUGGACUUGUCGUUGGAAUGCAAAAAGAGAUAUCUAAGCUGGCCUAUGCGUACAGUGAGACAACAACCUUGACUGCUUCUUUAUUAUCUGAACUCAACCAAGAGCAAGGAGAAGUAUGAGUUACGAUGCUUCAGAAUCACACUACUAUAGACUAUCUGCUACUAAAAAAGCAUAUAAGAUGUGAACAGUUUCCAGGAAUGGGCUGUUUUAACUUGUGUGAUUUUUCUCAAACUACUCAAAAUCAAUUAGAUGAUAUCCAUCAUAUUGUCAAUAAGCUUUCACUAAUACCUGGGUUACCUAACUGAUUUUCUUAGUUUCAUUGGAUAUGACCAGUAAUGUAGGUAUGCUUUUGCUAUGUAUCUGUAUUCCUGUUCUGUUGAUGUGUGUUCAUAAUUUAAUUGGUAGUUUAUUAAAACCUGUACAUGCUUACAUUACUUUACAGGAAAUUAUGUCAAAUAAAUAAUCAAUUUUCUUAUA